GGUUUAGGCUCUAAUGCUUCAGCGGACGCUGUGUUCCCGUUGUCUGCAACCUCUGCGCGCUUAUUCGGCUUCACCUGUGGAUGGAAAAAAGAGAUUGAAGGACGGCCCAACGUUUGCGGACUUUGUCAGCUCAAGCAGUAUCGAGGAAGCUAUCUCCAAAUAUGAAGGCAAGUUGAAACUUGAGAAAGGAGAUCGGCGAUUACGACUGCCAACAUGGCUGAAGAAGGAACAAGUACUUCCAAGUGAAAAUGAAGGUGUUGCUCGUAUGAAAAAGCAGUUGAAGGGACUCGGAUUAGCCACAGUUUGUCAAGAAGCUAGAUGUCCGAACUUGGGUGAAUGCUGGGGCGGAUCGAAGGACACUCUGUCUACUGCGACAAUAUUACUUAUGGGAGACACAUGUACUCGUGGAUGCAGAUUCUGUUCCGUGAAAACCGCUAGGAAACCUCCUCCUCUUGAUCCCAAAGAACCAGAAAACACAGCUGAAGCGGUCAAGUCGUGGAAUGUUGACUAUAUAGUUUUAACUUCUGUUGAUAGGGACGAUAUUGAAGAUGGUGGUGCUUCUCAUUUGCAGAGGACGGUGCAACUAAUGAAGAAGGAAAGACCGGAGUUGUUGAUCGAAUGUCUACUUCCGGAUUUUGCUGGUCGCAAUGAAAGUAUUGACAUGAUGGCAUUAAGUGGACUUGACGUAUAUGCGCACAACCUGGAAACAGUGGAGCGUCUUACACCAUGGGUCCGCGAUCCUCGGGCAAAGUAUAAACAGUCGCUUGAAGGUUUACUGCGGGCUAAGACGACAAACCCAAAAGUUAUAACGAAGACAUCAAUCAUGCUUGGCUUGGGAGAAGAAGAACAAGAGGUCAUGCAGUGCCUUAAAGACCUGAGAGAGCACAAAGUUGAUGUUGUAACUUUCGGUCAAUAUAUGCAACCUACGAAGCGACACUUGCUUGUCAAAGAAUGGAUCACACCACAAAAAUUCGAUAAGUGGGCAGAGGUUGCUCGCAAGAUGGGCUUCCUUUAUGUUGCUUCUGGACCACUUGUACGAUCCUCAUACAAAGCAGGAGAAUUUUACUUGAAGAAUGUUCUGCGAAAGAGACAUGCGGAUGACAAGAUCUCACAGGCAGCCUAGAAAUUUAUGCAUGUAUGAAUUUUAUGAAAGCGUGGGCCCGCUUUAUUGGCCUAUAG